AUGUUUGUUGUUAUAGGGUAUUAGUUUGAUAAUUAAAUAGAAUUGUUCGUUGUGAAAAUUAUAAUAAGUUCUGUGCAGAGUUAUGUUAUUAUUUUAACUGUUUGUUAUCAUUGUGUUGUUCUAUUUCGACAAUGGAUCCCUUUACUCAGCGUAUGUUAGAGCGUGCAAGAGCAAGGCAAGAGAAAAUUGACAAAAAACUAGCAAGUUCUGGCCAAGUUGUGCCGAAACGAAAACCAUUGACUGAAAAUAUUGAUAAUUUGAAAAAGGACAACUCACCUGCGAAGUCACCGGCGAAAACCGCCAAAGAAUCUAUUGUUUCGCCAAGAAAGUCUUCAGAAUCGGCUGCAAAGGCAAAAAGAACAAGUUUGAAGGACCAAUUAGCUGUUUCAACGCCUCAGAAGUCACGCAACAACGUGGUAGUGACAAAAAAGGAAUUUAGGAGUCCUAGAAGUAGUGUCACGCGACGAAACUCUGAUGUAUCAGUGGAGAUCAACAUUGGACAUAGAAAUGAUAUACAGAUUGAGGUUCAAGUUGAGGAACGAGAUGCUCCAAUCAGUAUAGUGUACAAUCCAGAAAGUGUUGGAGAGAAUGUGAUCAUAAAGGAAAUUGAAGACGACACAUCUAACGAGAUGGAGAAGCAGAUCGACGUUGGCGACCACAAGGAGCGCGCUGGACUGAGGCAUGAUAUAAAAUCAAGACUGGACAGACUAGGAAAUCUGUAUUCAGAUAAACCUAAUCUGUCAUCGCCAAUUCACCGUACUGAGCAGGAGUUCACAUCAGGUACUCCGCCCACCGGCGAUGUAAGAGAAAGCAAACCUGAUGGACGAAAGAAGUACGGCAGGCUCGCUGCACUGGCGGAUCAGAUCAACAACUGGGAGGAUGACCUUACACACCACAAUUUCCAAUCGGAAUCUACAAAAAAGCAACUAGAACGGAGGUAUGGUGCAAAACCUGACACUAAGAAUGAAAAGUUAGACUCAUCCACACUGGAUGUCUCAAUACAUUCUAUGAAGGAUAUUAACAAGGUGUUACACUCCAACACUGCUAAGGCCAGUCAGGCCAAGACAACAUCGACAAAACCAACUGUUAACGAGUUGAAGAAAGAAAUAGUUGCUGAACUGGAGGGCGACGGAUACCGGCGGGUGUCCGCCAGCAAAUCGCGCCUUGUAUACGAUUUCACGACGCGACCCGAACCCGCCCGACAGGAGCCGAAGUCCGCAUCGACUACCCCCAGUGCAGCCGCUGCCCCCAACAUGGCUGCAAUGGUCGCUAAUACUCCUAUAAAUCCCGUGACGAAAAAACCAUCAAUCAAGAAAUACAGAGCUCCAACGCCGCCAUCGAAAAUCGCGAGCGGCGUUGAUGACAGUGAGAAAGACAAAGAAAAUAAUGUUGUGCAAAAAGAAGAAAAUGAUAAUGACUCAAGUGAUUGUGUACAAACAAAGCCGGAGCCGGCUCAAAAGCCGGUGUUCAAUUCGCCCAUUAAAAAGUCAGCGCCCAAGUUGAAUGGUAAUGUGGAUAGAAGUUCUGUCCUGUCAAAAGCAGCAAUGUUUGAGUCAGGUAGCCCAAAAAUGAAGGAUCCCGCAGAAAUGUCUCUGAGGGAGCGGAAAGCUCUUUUCGAAAAGAAUAAGGGCGCAGCGAUUGUGCCCAAGGCUCCCUUCGGUAUGGCACCCUCUGUCAAAACACUUCACGGCGAAAAAGGCAAAGCAACACCAACCGUACAGCCAAACACAAAGUCAACGCCAACAAAAUCGACCACUGCUUCAAAUAAUUGCAGAACAAAUUCUAAAGAAGUCGCUGAAGACAACGUCAGCCAAAGUUCCCUCGGAGGAGGUAUAAAAGGCAAACUGGCGGCUUUAUUCAGUAAAGAGCAGACGAUAAGCGAGACAACAAUAGCGAAUAAGUUUAAACAGGAAAGAGAGAAGGAGAUGGAGAUGCUACAAAACAGAUUUAAUUAUAAGCCCAAUCCUCAGAAGUCGCAAGAACACGAUGAUUCUGACGACGAUCACAGUGAACAUGAUCCAUCAGAGAAUGCGCCACUCAUGGGCAGCACGACAAGUUUAGCCCUGGCUGGGAAGAAGCCAGAAAUUAUAUCCAAUAUACCUAAAACGGUGAAUGAUAAGGAACAACCCUGUGAUAAGGAGAGUGAUACGAAUAAGGAGAAAAUAAUUGGAUCACAACCCGUUAAAAGACGAAGUUCACAAUCCCAUGACUCGCCAGUAGUACUGUCAGUAUUAGAUGACGUUAAAAGAAUUAAAGUAAAUGAUAAGAAGGGAGCCAAUGGUGCAGUGUUACAACAACCAACUAGUCUGUAUCCACAUUUAUCGGACAUAGAGACAGAUAAUUCUCAUACGCCAGAGGAAUAUUCCGACUGCGGCGGCUCAAGUACGGAGAAUCUAAACGACAAUUUAAAUAAAUCUGACAACUGGGCUGAGACAUCUUUCGGUCGUGAAGUCAUGAAUGUGGUAAAGAAAAACAACACCAGCUACAAGAAAGCAGUUCGCGAGUGCGAGACAGAUAGUUCAGACAGCGACUGUGACAGUGAAUUGAAUGAUAUGCUGGAUGAAGCCAUCAAUGAGGAAAUCGAAGGACCCACACCACCUAAAGUCAACAAGCAUGGGAGCCUGUCAUCAACAAGUUUCGUGUACCAGGAGAAAGCGCAGUUCAAGUCUCCCCUGAAAUGCCAGCCGCAGUGCGUGACGCCAUCGACCCCCGCUCGAGACAAAGGCAGCGAGCUGGUACACAGUGUCAGUUUCUACAGAAGGAUGCAAAGUGCUACCACGACACCAACGACUCCAAUGCGCAUCAUCCGACACCAGUCGCCGGAGCGUGACAUCCCGCCGACAUCGGAGCCGGCCGCCUGUGUCACCACCGUGCGACAGCGGAUCAAGGAGCUACAGAACGAGAUUACCAAGCAACAGACUAUUAUAUCACAGGCCAGUCAAGCGUUAAAUCUGUGUGCAGCUACUAUUGAAUUCAGUGGCUCCACUGAACAAGCCGAAGGCGAGAGACUGCUUUUACUCGCAACACACCGUCGGCAGGCGAGCGUGCACGAAGUACAACGUUUGCAAGUAGAGGGCGCUGGCCCAGCAGCUUCCGCCGGGAUGGCCGCACUCCAUAUCAACAGCCUUGUUGUUCCACUGCGUCGCGACUAUGUACGACAACUAAAUGCCGACGGUGCAACGGGUCAUCACGCUGUGUGUCUACUGAAGUGCCGUGACCGCGUGCUCGCUAGUAGCAUGCAGCUCACGCAGCCGAACUCGACCCUGCUACACUUCCCUGAUGAAAUACGCAUGGACGGUCUCACCAGCGAUUUCAAGGUCACAGUUGAAGUGUAUUUACUGCAAGCGUCCAAAGAAAUAUUACCACAUGAGGUGAAAUAUCAUAUUUCAAGCAAAAAGUCGAGUUCGAAGCUGUUAACUCCAAAGUCAAAAGUGUCCGAGUUAAAAGCACCCCGUGUACAAAGUCCGGCCGGACCGCUGGCAGUCCGCAGCCCUCAGUUCCAACUGCACGGAUAUUGUAUAUUCGCACUGCAACAGGCCACCAGGAAAACAUUCACACUCAAUAAGGUUCCAUGCGGGAGUCCUCUGGAUGGCUCGAUCCAGCUGGACAUGGGGGCGAAGGUUCGAGUUCCGGCGCCAGCACCCCACGCGGCCUUCCUCACGGCCUUCGACGACGUGUCCGGGCUGGGCGCGUGGCACCGCAGGUGGUUCCGACUGCAGCCGCCGCAACUCUCCUACUGGAAGUAUCCCGACGAUGUGCAGCGGAAGCUACCAAUUGGCGACAUCGAUUUAUCCACCGUAAUCUCCGAGAAGGUAAUAAAAGCACCCCGCGAUCUAUGCGCGCGGCCAAACACAAUCCUACUAGAGUCGGCCGUUCCCACCGGCCUCAUAGUGCCCGACAGCGGAUCUUUAGUAUACUUCAAGAGAGAAGACGGCACUGUCCUCAGGAGGCACCUACUAGCCGCCGAUACUGCGAAAGACCGCGAUGUUUGGUUAGACUGUUUGAAUAAAGCAUUAGAAUAUGUGAGGUGUUGUGCUACAGAUGAUGCUUAACAAGGUCUUGGUAUGGUUUAUUAGUAUUUAUAGUUUUAACUUUCGAUUUAUUAAAUUAGAAAAC